GUUAAUUUUUAAUAUCUCCGCCGAGGCUUGUGAAAUGAAAUUAUAAUUUGAAGUAAAGUGACAGCUGUCACCUGAGAUGUCAAAAGGCGAGCAGACGAAGACUUACCACAGAUAACAUAAAGCAGCUGUCAGAUAAGAAUGCUUAAUUGAAAACAAAAAUGGCGACGCCUCCCGAAUCGCCUGUUGAGGAGCACGCGUACGAAUUAGAACCACACCGUGCGCCCAAGCCAAUUCCUGUGGCUCUGGAAGAGCUCUGCAGACAGACUAAGUUCUCGAAACAAGAAAUCAGGGUCAUGUAUAGAGGAUUUAAGACGGAAUGUCCGGAAGGCGUCGUUCACGAGGACUCGUUCAAAGAUAUUUAUGCGAAGUUUUUUCCGCACGGAAAUUCAGCACUGUACGCCCACUAUGUCUUCAAGGCUUUUGAUGUGAAUUGCAGUGGUGCUAUUAGCUUCAGGGAACUUCUCGUGACCCUGUCAACUCUGCUGAGAGGAUCCGUGUACGAGAGGCUCAGGUGGGCCUUCCGUCUGUACGAUGUAGAUGGAGACGGUGCCAUAACUCGCCAGGAGCUGGCUGAGGUGGUGGUGGCUGUUCACGAACUCCUCGGCAGAAGGGCUCCACCUGGUUCUCCGGCGUCCAGGGUUGAUGAUGCAAAAGCGAACGAACAGGUUGACCGUGUGUUCAGGAAGCUCGAUCUGAACCAGGACGGGGUGAUCACCAUCGAGGAGUUCCUGGAGUCGUGCCUCAAGGAUGACAUCAUCACUCGCUCUCUGCAGAUGUUCGACACAGGGCUAUGACGUCAGAGUGACGCAGAAGCGCGCGACCAUAGCAGGACAACAGCGAAGCGUCCCCGCUACCGCUUAUCGCCGGUGCGUUGCGCUUGUACGCGCGCCCCCUCCAUACUGCACAGCGUAGCGGUCGCGUGUCGCCGCGCGGCCCAGUACGCGCGCUAUCUGCCCACUCUCGAGCGUUUCUAUACGCGCAUCCUCCGCCCGAAGAUCAAGAGCGUGCUGUUUUUUCACUUUUAGAUAUACACGGAUUUAUUGGUAUGGUCUGCAAUUAAUUAGUUGGAACGGCAAUGGUGUGUAUGAUGCGGUAACGUUGCGUUUUGCGCUGUAUGACCUGAACUAAAGUUCCGCGGUUUAUUUAUUUAAUUAUUCCAAGAGUGGUUCCCGAGCUCUUUCAUAGUAUUUUUGUAUCAAUAAUUAUUAUAAAAAAUUUAAACUAUUGCUUAGAUAAUUUAUAUACUUCGUGGCCCCGAAAAAAAAACAAACACGUGCAAUAAUCGAAGGGAGCGCUUAUUGCAAAAGUAAGGUAAGGUAAGGAGUAUCAUCUCUUAAUGGAGAUAAAAUAACAGCUCAAGAAGCUUCCCCAAUGGCGCUGGUCUAGGCACAAGUAUGAAGUAUGGUGAAUGUAGCAAUUGUAAACGAAUUGAAGUAUGCUGAGAUAAAAAAAAAUAAUGGAGUAAAUAUAACCUUAUAGAGUUAUUAUGAGAAAAGAGUGAUUAGUAUUAUUUUAAAUUUGGUGCUUCUUUUAAGAUUUACCCUGAUGCUACCGUGGCGUCUCCCUUAUUCAAUGCAUUUUUACGGACACACACAUGAUAACUUCAUAUGAAAAGUGAAAACAUAAAGUUUCAAUUCAAUUCAAUUUUUGUGUUAUGGAUUGUGGCUGCACCAGUCGGGCGCAAAUAAGUUUCAUCCGACAUAACAGGGAGAUGUCAGAUGUCACUACGGACAGCUUUGACACCAGCUAUCAAAGAGGAUGUAAAUACUAUGGCAGCCAUUAUUUACAUUCAUAAUAUCUUCAACUCUCAAUAGAUAAAUGUUUUUCAUAAUUUAAAAUACGAACGCAUUUAAUUACAUUUUAACAGUGUUUCUCGGCUCCUUUUAUAAUUGCUGUGCAUAUUUUGCUCCACUUACUGUUUUUCUUAAAACGAGACGUAGGCGGCAUUACGAAUUUGCAAUAGUUACAUCCAAUUAUAUUACUAAAUAUAAAUAAACAAUCUGGUUACUGAAAAUAAUAUCUUUUUUCAAUAACAUACUUAAAAUAUCUCACUCUAUGAGGGCCAUAGUAAAUGUAUCGAAGCUAUGUAAACGCUGUAUUUUCGGAUAAAUCCUCUAUAUUUUUUAAAUUACUACUAUCUACUGAUAGAUAUUGAUAUCUAGUUUAUGUAAGAAAUAACCGAGUAAUUGUUUUAAUAUGUGACUGUGGUUCUACAAUGUGGAGUACUCAUAAAUAGUUACUGAAACUUUGUUCUCAAAAUGCAUACCUAUUAGUUGAAUAGUAUGAGAGUAUGGUAUAGUAUACAGGGAGCAGGGGUCCCCUGUAUACGUACUAUAUACAGGUGUCCCAAACUUAUGGGACAUGAAGGGAAAGUACCUUAAAUAUCGUAGAUAGGGUAUUUUACUGAAAGAAGACUUUAUGUUAUUUUUAAAUGUUAGUAAUUCCGCAUUCAAAGAUAUUUUUUAGAUAUCGCUACUUUUCAUAAUCAAUAUCAUUCUUGAAAAUUGACUUAAACAUUUUAGGUUGUUCCUUUCUUUUAAAAUACUAUGUUACUUAAGAAGAGUUAUUAGUUUUUGGCUAUUCUUUUGAUUGGCAUCAUACAGGGUGCGGCAGAAAGAACUCCCCUAUUUUAAAAGGCAAUAAAAACAAAACCUUAUUAGAUACAAAAAAAUACAUUUUAUUAAAAUAAAGUGUACAAAAUGCCAUUUACUUUUCUAUAUUUACAUUAAAUUAAAGCCGUCGGGUACGGGUUUUAAACAAUACAUUACUUAAAUGCCGACCUUCGUUGUUGAUGCAUUCAUUAAGUCUCUCUCGGAAUGUGUCCAUUACUCGGCGAGUCAUUUCGGGCGGAAUGGCAGCAACCUCGUUUGUUACUGCUUCCUUUAGAGCAUCUAUGGUUCUGGGGGAUUCUGAAACACUUUGGAUUUGAGAUAUCCCCAUAGGAACAAAUCGCAAGGUGUCAAAUCUGGUGAGCGUGGAGGCCACCCGAUAUCACCUCGUAGCGAUAAAAUGUGUCCAGGAAACAUGUCUCUGAGGGUGUCAAGAGAUCGCCAAGAUGUGUGCGAAGUUGCGCCAUCUUGCUGAAACCAAACAUUGCCAGCUCCAUGUUCAUUAAAAAUAUCGUCCAACUUUGGCCGAAGAAAGUUUUCCAACAUUGCACAAUAACGAUCACUGUUAACCGUAACUGUUACACCGUCUUCUUCAAUAAAAUAUGGACCCAGUACACCACCCUGAUGAACCGCACACCUAACAGUUACUUUUGGGCUAUGAAGCGGACGUUCAUGAAGUUCUUGGGGGUUAUGAUCAGACCAAUAUCUAAAAUUUUGUUUAUUUACUGCACCUGACAGAUGAAAAUGGGCUUCGUCCGAAAAAAGGAUGACAUUUGUGCGGCACACAUUUGUAAGAAUGUCUUGACACAAUCUUGUUCGGGUUUCAAAGUCUCUAUUACUCAAUUCUUGAGUCAUCACAACCUUAUAUGGAUGCAUCUUCAGAUCUCGAUGGAGAAUUCUGCGAACGCUGCGGUCCGACAAGUGUAGGGCCGUAGCGUGUUUUCGCGCUGAGCGCCGUGGUGACUGCUGAAUUGAAUCUCUCACCAACGCGACAUUUUCAGGCCCUGUUGCAGUGCGAGGACGGCCAGGAGAUUUUCUUUUUAACGCAGAACUUGUUUCUCUAAAAUUCUGAGUCCAUGUGUAAAUCGUUUUUUUAUCAGGAACAGGGUCAUGCCGACCAAGCACAAAGUGAACGCGGAACGAUCGCUGCGUAGCUAUCGGCGAACCGCCAUUUUUAAUGAAAUCUUCAACAACGAAUGCACGAUGCGCACCCGACCAAGCCAUGUCUAGCACUGACAAUGGCACGUACACAGCAGUCGAAUAACACUACCCCCACCACUCUGCACCAUUCCCACUCGUAGCAGCGCAGCUUUAAAAUCGGGGAGUUCUUUCUGCCGCACCCUGUAAAAGUAGUGGUGGUUUUUUUACAUCUAUGUCGGUUCUGAUUCCCAGACGAGGCAAGUAAUUUUUAGAAAAUCUUUGAAUGCAGAAUUACUAACUUUUAAAAAUAACAUAAAGUCUUCUUUCAGUAAGAUACCCUAUGUACGAUAUUUAAGGUACUUUCCCUUCAUGUCCCAUAACUUUGGGACACCCUGUAUAUAAAAAAUAUUCGAAUUUAUCUUUACCUAAUUACCUAGUACCUACCAUGGUAUGUCUAACAAUAAUGGGUGAGCCUCUAUUUGGGCCUGAUAAGUUCAAAACUAAUAAAAACAAGUAUUUGCGCAUUAUGUCAUGGCGUAAGUUAAUUAUAAAAUUAACGACGUAAUUUGAAUUAAGAAUUUAGAGUAAAUGGUUCACCAACUAGUACGUCGAAUAUGUUAGUUCUAUCGAAUAUAAUAUAGGGUUUUUAAUUUUAAUUUUUUAUUAAUGCAAACCACCGGGACACGCUAAAAAUUAGUAUAAUGAAGGAAAACCUAAAUGCAAUUGCCGUUCCAAGUUGUGUACCUAUAAGAUUGUGUUUUAUUUCUUAUAAUAUGAAUGUGUUGUGACUUUAUAGUCUAUUAAUUAUUAUUACGUCAUGCGUGUUCAGAAUUUAGAUAAAACUUUUUACAUUGAGUAGAUGAAGACUAAUAAGUUAUUUGGUUCAAUAUCACCGUCACUGUCAAAUUAUUUGACGUAAGGAAAAAAUGGCAAUAAUAUAAAUAUACAGCUGAUAUUAUAUUGAUUUAUAGCAUAUUAUAGCGAUGAUAACAUCAGGUUUUGAUCAUCGAAUAACUGAAAUAUGUGCAUACAUAUAUAAUAAUUAUGUAUGUGCGAUUGUUAAGAAAUUAUAACACCAAUUUGACCCAAUCACGGCUCACCGCUAGUGAGCCACAACCUAUAUUAUUAAUGUUAACUUAAAUAGGAUAAUAGAUAGAGUUCCUAGUAUAUACGUUCGGUCAGCUCCUGGUUUAUAUUAGAUUCAAUCGCUUGUAUUAGGAUAUAAGGGGCCAUAUACAUUCAUAAUUCCGGAAAUAAUACUUACUAUAAUUAAUUUAUCAAAAAAAAAACAA